GCUGGCCCGUGAGAGCGCGGCGGAGGGAGAGAGAGAGUCAAGUAGGCGAGUGUUCGUCGAGGGAAAUGAGAAGAGGUGCCACGGCGAGCUGAGCUGAGUUGUGUGUCUGUUCUUUCCCAUCUCACAUCGGAAUACGCUGCUGAGCCAUUUGAAGAUGGUGAAGCCUGAUCUUCACACUCUGGCUCAUCACCUCAAGCAAGAGCGUCUUUAUGUGAAUUCUGAAAAGCAGUUGCUUCAGCGAUUAAAUACGGAUGUAUUGAAAACUGCUGAAAAGUUGUACUGCUCAGCAUGGAUCGCAAAACAGCAGCGAAUUAACCUGGACCGUCUCAUUUUAACAAGUGUGGAAGCUUCUCCAGCAGAAUGUUGCAAACAUGCAAAGAUUUUGGAGAAUACACAGUUUGUGGAUGGAUACAAGCAGUUGGGAUUCCAGGAGACAGUAUAUGGUGAAUUUUUGAAUCGCUUGAGAGAAAAUCCAAGACUUGUUGCCUCCUGCUUGGUUGCUGGGGAGAAGCUUAAUCAUGAGAGCACCCACCAUGUAAUCCUUACAGUAUUUACUGCCCUUUAUGGUAACUGCAUUAUGCAGGAAGAUGAGAGCUAUCUUCUACAAGUGUUGCGCUACCUAAUUGAAUUUGAGUUGAAAGAGAGCGAUAACCCCAGGCGACUGCUUCGAAAAGGUGCUUGUACUUUCAGCGUUUUGUUCAAGCUUUUUUCAGAGGGUCUGUACUCUGCAAAACUCUUUCUUACUGCAACUUUACAUGAACCAAUUAUGCUGUUGCUUGUAGAAGAUGAAGAUCACUUGGAAACUGACCCAAAAAAGCUGAUUGAAAGAUUUACUCCAGCGCAGCAAGAAAAAUUUUUUGGGGAGAAGGGCACGGAGCAGUUCAGAAGGAAAGUGCAGGAGAUGGUAGAAAGCAAUGAAGCAAAGCUGGUAGCUUUGGUCAACAAAUUUAUUGGGUAUCUUAAACAAAAUAUUUACUGUUUUCCACAUAGUUUACGUUGGAUUGUAUCGCAAAUGUACAAAACCUUAUCUUGUGUGGAAGGGUUGGCUGUUGGGGAGGUGAAAGCCAUGUGUACGGAUUUGUUGCUUGCCUACUUUAUUUGCCCAGCAAUUGUGAAUCCAGAACAGUAUGGGAUAAUCUCUGAUGCUCCAAUUAACGAAGUGGCCAGAUUUAACUUAAUGCAGGUUGGCCAACUCUUGCAGCAGUUGGCAAUGACGGGCAGUGAGGAAGCAGAUCCACGGCUGAAGAAUAGCCUCUCCAAGUUUGACAAAAGUUGUGUUGCAGCUUUCUUGGAUGUUAUCAUUGGAGGUCGCACAGUGGAGACGCCGCCUAUGUCCUCGGUGAAUCUGCUGGAGGGUCUUAGUAGGACUGUUAUCUACAUGACCCACAACCAGCUUUUAAACUUGGUUAAUUUUGCACGGCAUGUAACGUCAAGGGACCUGCUAAGAGAGGAGGACAAGAUGGCUCUAGAGAACCUUAUUAUUAAUCUUCCUCAACCCAGAACAGGGAAGAGCAAUAGCCUUGAGCUGACUCCCUCCAGCACACCCCAGCUAUCUCCUGCAACUACUCCAGCUAACAAAAAAAAUCGACUUCAAAUAGGACAACAGUUAGCAGCCAUUACUGCCUGGGAUACUUCAGCUACAAAUCUGACUGCUCACAUUCCCCUUGUUACUCCCUUUGCUGGAAGAACCAGAGGCCGGACAAACGAAGCAAAAGAGCAACACUUCGACCAUGAAAGUUUGAGUCAGGAGCCUUUACAAGAAGUCCAGCCUGAAGAAGUGUUGGUCAUUUCACUGGGCAUUACCUCUCAGAUGUCACCUGGCAUGAUGUCAGAAAAUGAGGUGUUGAGCUUGCAGCUUGCGGAUAGUGGGCAGGGAGAAGUGCCUCCUGACGAUGGAAAACUGCAUGGCAAACCAGAUAAAACUCUGCGCUUUUCCCUCUGUAGUGAUAAUCUGGAGGGAAUAUCAGAAGGACCUUCAAACCGCUCAAAUUCCGUAUCCUCACUCGACCUGGAAGGGGAAUCAGUCUCUGAACUUGGAGCAGGACCUUCUGGAAGUAAUGGUGUUGAAGCUUUACAGCUUUUGGAACAUGAACAGGCCACAACUCAAGACAAUCUAGAUGACAAACUACGUAAAUUUGAACUUAGAGACAUGAUGGGGCUGACAGAUGACAGGGACAUUUCAGAAACUGUGAGUGAAACCUGGAGCACUGAUGUCUUGGGGAGUGAUUUUGAUCCAAACAUUGAUGAAGAUAGACUGCAAGAUAUUGCAGGUGCAGCAGCAGAGAAUAUGCUAGGUAGUUUACUUGGUUUACCAGGUUCAACUUCAGUACUUCUUGAUCCUUGCACGGGGUCAACGAUUUCUGAGACAACAAGUGAGGCUUGGAGUGUGGAAGUUCUGCCAAGUGACUCUGAAGCUACAGAUUUGAAACAAGAGGAGCGGUUGCAGGAGCUGGAAAGCUGCUCAGGAUUGGGUAGCACAUCUGAUGAUACAGAUGUGAGGGAAGUGAGUUCACGGCCCAGUACACCUGGUCUCAGUGUUGUCUCAGGCAUGAGUGUCACUUCAGAAGACAUACCCAACAAAGUUGAGGAUAUCCGAUCAGAAUGUAGCUCUGAUUUUGGAGGGAAAGAUUCUGUUACAAGCCCUGAAGUGGAGGAAAUUGUACAAGGUGCACAUCAGAUGACUUCCUCACUUUCCCAGACAGACACGUUGCUUGCUAUGUUUGACCCGCUGUCUUCUGAUGCUUCCAUCAUGCCUUCAAUAGUCAGGCCUAAAGUACACUAUGCAAGACCAUCGCACCCACCACCUGAUCCUCCAAUACUGGAAGGUGCUGUGGGAGGCACCGAUGCCCGAUUACCAGCAUUUGGAUCUCAUAUUUGUUGCCAAACUGAAGCUGAGCUGCUGAAACAGAGGCACUCCUUUCCAGAACGGCUAGUACGCAGCAGAAGUUCUGAUAUUGUUUCUUCUCGCCGACCAAUGAGUGAUCCUGGUUGGAAUACUCCAGGCAGCAGAAGAACAGGGAAUGAGGAACUGUUUGCAGCUGGGGCAGCACCUGUAGGAACCUCAGGACCAACUUCAUCGCCAAGCAAAGACUCCCUUGGGGAGGAAAGAAAGGACAGUGACGAUGAGAAGUCAGAUCGUAAUAAAUCCUGGUGGAAGAAACGAUUUGUGUCUGCUAUUCCAAAAGCUCCUAUUUCCUUCAGGAAGAAAGAUAAACAAGAAAAAGACAAAGAAGAUGGUGCACAGGAAAGGUUUCAGGCCAUGCAAGGUUGGCUGAUCCUACCUUCCAUAAAGAAUGACGAACCAAUUCCCAGGCUGAAUGUACAGGCGCAGGCUGCAGAGGAUAUCCUGGAUAAAUAUAGAAGUGCUAUUAAACGAGCUAGCCCCAGUGAAGUAGUUGUCAAUGAUGAAGUUGCAGAGACUAUUGGAGAUGAUAGUGUCCAUAAUUCGCCACGUGAUGAAACGCUUCAAAACCUUUCAGCAGAUGAUCUGCCAGAUUCUGCUAGUCAGACUGCCCAGACUCAAGACUCCACAUUCUCCUUUCGAGAUGCAAAGAAGAAAUUGCGAAUGGCUCUGUGCUCUGCUGACUCAAUUGCAUUCCCUCUAGUGAGCCAUUCAGCAACCAGAAAUGGCCCUCCUGGAGGACCUGAUCAAGGAGAAUUAGAAGACAAUGAGAUUGUCUGCUUUCUCAAAGUUCAAUUAGCUGAAGCCAUCAACUUGCAGGAUAAGCACUUGAUGGCACAGAUUCAAGAAACCAUGCGCUGUGUUGGCAGAUUUGACGGUAGAACUUGCAACAAGUUACUAGCUGCCAUUGCUGAGGAUUAUAGAAAACGAGCUCCAUAUAUUGCGUACUUGACACGGUGUCGUCAGGGGCUCCAGACUACUCAAGCCCACCUUGAAAGACUCUUACAAAGAGUGCUCAGAGACAAAGAAGUUGCGAACAGAUAUUUCACUACAGUCUGUGUGAGACUAUUGCUUGAAAGCAGGGAAAAGCGUAUUCUGGAAUUUAUUAAAGAUUUUCAGAAUCUCACUGCAGCAGAUGACAAAACUGCCUUAGUAGAAGAAUUCCUGCAGUCAUUGUAUGGCGUUAUGGCACAAGAUGUUAUCUGGCAGAAUGCCAGUGAAGAACAGCUCCAGGAUGCACAAAUGGCAAUUGAGCGUAGUGUUAUGAACCGCAUUUUCAAACUUGCCUUUUAUCCCAAUCAGGAUGGUGAUAUUUUACGUGACCAGCUUUUCAAUGAACACAUUCAGCGUUUGUGUAAAGUUGUCAGUGCAAAUCACCGAGCACUUCAAAUUCCAGAGGUGUAUUUGAAAGAAGCACCAUGGCCAUCUGCACAGUCAGAGAUUCGAACAAUCAAUGCAUACAAGACCCCAAGAGAUAAGGUUCAGUGUAUCCUGCGAAUGUGCUCUACCAUAAUGAAUCUGUUAAGCCUAGCCAAUGAGGACUCCGUCCCUGGGGCAGAUGACUUUGUUCCUGUUCUUGUGUUUGUUCUUAUCAAGGCUAACCCACCCUGCCUGCUGUCCACUGUUCAGUACAUCAAUAAUUUCUAUGCCAACCGGCUUGGUGGAGAAGAAUCCUAUUGGUGGAUGCAGUUCACAGCAGCAGUUGAAUUCAUUAAAACCAUUGAUGAUCGCAAGUGAUGCAGAACACCACCUGCAUGGCAGACUGUUAGGAAAAGUGUAAAGAUUUACACCAACUGUUUGUGAGAGGGGAACUCGACUGAAUCUUCUCCUGUUGUAUCGUAAAUGUAGAUAGUGUGGAGGCAUUUCAAAAACAAAAUAGAUUCAGUGUGUCUUUACCAAAAUUAACAAUCAGAUUUACUAACAGAUCUUUAUAUAUUUCUGUCGUAUAAAGUCAACAGGUCAGCAAUGCAAAAAGGGACCACAUUUUUUCAGGUAUUUCAAAAAGUUGACAGUGUACUGUAUGAAAGUGACAUUAUUUACUUGCGUUAACUUGAUUGGCAUGAACUUUAAGCUGGGGCCUCAAACAAAUGCAAUGGUGAUUUUUUUUUUUGGUUAAACCUUCCUUAUUUUCACAAAGCAGAAAUGUCACAGUUCUACCUUUUCUCAGUGAAACUAAUUUUCAUUGAGUGCGCCCAGGCCAAACCUGUAUGUGCACUUGACCAAUCAUGCUUUCCCUGAAAGAAAUUUACUGACAACAUAGAGCGUGUCAUAACCCAAGGUGAAGAAUCCUCAACUGUAGUUGAUCAUUUUUAUCUGAAAAAAGUCACCCUCUUGCAUUGCUUCAAUAUAUUUUUGACCCAUUGUUAUUAUUUCUUAAAUUUGGACAACUUUUAGACCAGGGUAUCAUACCUAAUUUUGCAGCCUUAUUGGUGUAUGUUUAAAUUAAGUAUUAGUAUUUAACCAACUUAUUAUUAAAGUGACAUAGGACUGUAUUUGUUUUAGUUGCUGGGAUUAUCUUUACAAACAUUGUUCAGAAAAUAAUGCUUUUUAUUUAAAAAUGCUUUAACCAGGAUAGCUGUUUCAUUUGGAUUGAUAAGCAAGAGAGCAUAUGUGCUGGUUCCCACAUUCUGCAGUUCUUAAAUUGGUUCCCUUCUCUUGUGACAGAAUUAUAGAUUCAGAAAAGGUGAAUCUGGAAUUUCUCUUUUCAGAGUAAGGAAACCAGUUUUAGUAGGGAAAUGCAAAGAAUUGGUAUGUGAAUACUGCUCUCCCAUGAUCCAAGCUAACAAGCUAUAAAACAAAAGCAAAUUAAGUGAAAUGUUGAGCUCCCAAUUUAAAAAGUUGCAGUUGAAUGCCAGCCUUGACUGCCUUUUCAACUCCACUAUCCUCAAGACUUUAUUCCCUGUGCAUAUUGGAUGGGGUGCAAGCAUCGUUCACGUCGUGCCGAAGCACCCUUUUCAGCAGCUGGACCACAGUUAUACUCAUCUCCAAGAAGAGUUUUGACUUGCUUGGCUAAAACAGGAAGUGAGAUCUGAGGGAUAUGAAAAUGAUGGAGGAUGAACAGGAAAGAUUAAUGCAGAUCACAUCAAUACCUUACAGUAGCUGAAACUUCCAGUUGACAGCAGUGCCUUUGUCAACAGAUAAAAUUUAACAGACGAUAUGAAUGGACAGCCAUAUGUGACUCACUUUUGCAUCACCUUUAUGGAGCCAUUUUUAAUAAGCAUAAUCAGAAGGCACUGGAACUUGGUUUUUCCAAGAACAAUUUCCAGUUUAAAAUUCAAGUGAGUCAGAUUUCUAGGAUAUACAAAUCACAAUAUAUGAGGAUUUAAAUUACUAUAUUUUAAGUUGCCUUACAAGUGGCUAACAAUGGUAGAAUUAAAUAAUGGCAGCUUCAAUAAGUUAUGUUUCAUUGAAAAGACUGAUGUUCUUGUUUUUUUCUUUAUUAAAAAGGGAGCACUAUUCUGGGUCAAGGACAGUAAUUUUAAUGUAAAUUCACCUGACUGUUCAUAUAUUUUUUAGAAAAUAAAGUAACAUGAGAGAAGAUGGUCUCCAUUGUGCUGAUCCAAAACCAGCCUGAAAUAAACCUAGCAUUUUGAGUCUUUUGGGCCAGCAAAGACCAACUUAGAUUGCUUACCUCAGCCUGUCUGUUGUUAGUUGUUGUACCUGUCAUUUUCCUUUGUCUUGGAACCAGAGACCUAGGUCCCAUUUUUUUUUUAUUGGGACUAUUGCAAUUUGGGUUUGCAGUUGAAGAUCAAGAAGGAUGCUAAUUCCUGCUGACCAAAUAAUAACUCACUAAAAGGGAGUCUGUCGGAUACAUCACCCGAGUAGCAAACCUCCGGGGAAUUUGUGUAAAGCCAUUUUAUAACCCAAUAUCUCCUACCAAGGAAAGAUUUUUUUUUCCAAAAGAGUGCUUUCCCUUCAUUGCCAAAGUAUGACGGUCUCCUGUAACCAUUGUUGUAAUCAGUUAAAAUUUCAUAAUUUCCAUCAAGUUAAUUUAUCUGAAUUUGGAGAAACUUUGCAAAAUGUAUAAAAAUGUUCUAACUGUGUAUAUAGUUGAUGUGGGAGUAGGUAUUUCAGUGUAUGAGCCUGGAGUAAAGGACCUUGUUCUGCCAUAUUGCAAAGCACAGUCCUGAGUAUUCAAUGUUAACUUUGAAUGUGAAUCUCAUCAUCUCAACACAACUAAGAUUAAUUUAACAAAAUCUAGAUCAAGAUCACUUGAUGACUGCUAAUGUACACUUCAUUAGGGCAGUUAAUGUGUCUGAAGAUUUCAUGGUGAGUAUGGUCUAAAGUGAGAAAGCCAUAUACCUAGGUGAUUUUUUAAAAAAUCUGAUUACAGUAGUGAGAUAUUUUUCAUUUGUUUUUGCUUAGAAAACAACUUUCUUCCAACCCUGCAGAUAAUAGGUGAUCACUGUUCAGAGUUGUAUCCAAUUACCAAAAGUAAUUUUAACUUUUUUUGUUUGGUGUGAUUAAGUUUGCGUUUUAGGGUUGCUAAAUGCAUUGCUAUUAUGUACCAGGUAACAAUAUUAGAAUACAUGAUCAAAAAUAUAUUAUCUUGGGGUACUGCUAAUUUUGGAUUAUUCACUUGAGUCUAAAUCCCAUAUACUGUUGCAGUGCUCAGCCUGAAGGUUAGAAAUCUGAAACAAGGAAAUAAAUUACUUGUAGCUGAGAGGUAUCAAUGCAGUUAACAUUAUGUAGCUGUGGAUGUCGUCUUUGAUCAUAUGAACAACAUUGUCAGACCGAAGUAAUUUGCUGCAAAAAUGCUUUAAGUUUGAACAAUUUAAGGCAGAUUCAGAAGGGAUUUUUAUUUGCGAAACUUUAAAGAUCCUCUUGGCUACUCAGCGUCCUAUAUUGUUUCCCUAGUAUCACAGACCAGUCAGUGCCUUGCAGCUCCAGAACUUCUGCAUCAUUGGGGCACACUUCAGAAUAGUACAAAAAUUGUGAAUUAUGAUCCUUGUGGGGAUGGAGGAAACAUGGCUGAAAGUGUGUUCAUCUCAGCUUUAAAAAAAAAGUUGUCUCUCUGAUAAUUGACUGACUCAAGAAUCUGUACUUGUUUUGUAGUUGCACUUUUGAAGAAUAUUUAAUAUUGUAAUGAAAUUAAUGUUUAAAAAAUGAUUAAGUUUUCCUUACCUUUUAAAAGAGUAAACUUUGAUUUAGAACAAAAUUUAAUUCUAAAUGUGCACAAUGUGGAGUUUAGGGCUGGGGUUUAUUUAUUUUACAAUUAGAUUUUGUGAAGAUGAAACUGUCAACUAUUUAUUUUAACACUUUGCAAAUAUAUUCAUUCUAAAUUGUCUCUGUUUUAAGUUAGGGGUUUGGCCUGGUAUACGUUCAAGCUUUUAAUACUACUUUCCUCUGCAGCUUGUAUUUGAGUCAUUGAUUAUAUCUCUCUCUAGAGACUUUGUUUUGAAAUGUAGGGAGGCUGCCACUUAUAAAUUAUUUGAACAAGAAUACAAAACUUGCAACUACUUCAGACAUGAAAAGGUAUUCUGACAUGCAUAUAGACCCAAAAGCACAUUAGUGAGGACCAAACAGCAGCAGCAGCAUACGUCAUACCAGUGAUAUCCUGAAACAGCAGGAAAGAACAACAAAUGCUUUACAGUUAGCAGUUCAGAACAUGGAUGGGACUGUUAUACUUAAAUUAACCUAAGGUAACUUAAUACUAUGUUCUGGUUGUUAACUGCAUCACCUGUAUUACUGCCUCUUUGGAACUGUUAGAGCCUUUACAAACUUAAGUUAAUGAGCUUGCACAAUCUUGCACACAGGGAAAAAAAAAUGUAUACUGUCUUUAAUGAGAUUAAUGUAAUAUAUCAUUCUAUGCUAAUUAAAGG